AUGAGACGAAAGAAUCCACAUCCGCAGCGCGCGGUGAACGUAAAGACGGUGGUUGUGGGUGAUGAUGAUGAAGAAGAAGAAGGAGGAGGAGAAGAACCGUUGGUGUUGUGUUUACAAAUACCACCUGACGAGGAUGAUGAUGAUGUUUUUGUUGUUGUUGAUGAUGAUAUUGAUGACGAUGAAGAUGAUGAUGAUGAUGACGAUGAUGAUGAUGAUGACGAUGAUGAUGAUGAUGAUGAUGAUGAUGAUGAUGAUGACGAUGAUGAUGAUGAUGAUGAUGAGAUGGACGAACAGACACGUAAAGAAGAAACUUCUUUUAGGAAAGGAUCGAAGAGAAAGAGAACGCAACAACACGAGUGCGAUGUUUGCGAGAAGGUGUUUGUUAGUCCAUCAAGUUUGGCCAUACACAUGCGUAUUCACACGAACGAGAGGCCGUACGAAUGUGAAGUUUGCAAGAAGUGCUUUCGUCAAUCUGGUGAUUUGAAAGUCCACAUGCGUAUUCACACGAACGAGAAACCGUAUAAAUGUGAUGUGUGCGAGAAGCGUUUUACUCAAGCUAGUAAUUUGAAAACCCGCAUGCGUAUUCACACGAACGAGAAACCGUAUGAAUGUGAUGUUUGCGAGAAAAGAUUUCGUGAAUCUGGUACUUUGAAAGCCCACAUGCGUAUUCACACGAACGAGAAACCGUACGAAUGUGAUGUGUGCGAGAUGAAGUUUCGUCAUUCUAGUAAUUUGAAAGUCCACGUGCGUAUUCACACGAACGAGAAACCGUACGAAUGUGAUGUGUGCGAGAAGCGUUUUACUCAAUCUAGUAAUUUGAAAACCGGCAUGCGUACGCACACGAACGAGAAACCGUAUGAAUGUGAUGUGUGCGAGAAAGCUUUUCGUCAAUCUGGUGAUUUGAAAAGCCACAAGCGCACUCAACAUUAG